AUGACUUUGUUUAGUGGCGUGCUUUCAUUCUCCGGGGGUUGGGUCCCCACGGUGUCGCUGUUUCUAGUCACCAUUUGUUUCGUGGUAUUGCGACGCCGGUAUUCAAUGCUUGACGAUAUACCUGGGCCAUUCUUUGCAGCAUUUACGCGACUCUGGCACGUACGGCACAUAAUAAUUGGCGACCAAAACCUUCAAUUGGUCAAAUUGCACAAAGAACUUGGCCACUUUGUUCGCGUAUCAUAUAAUGAAGUCAGUGUCAGUCAUCCAGACGCCAUAAAAAAGAUUCUACUGGCUCCUUUACCCAAGGCACCGUGGUACGAGGUGAUGCAAUUUCCCGAUUGGCGUUGGGUGAAUCCCAUGUCGGUGUUGGACCCCAAAAAGAAGAAUGAAUUGUCCAAGAACUUUGCCCCAGCCUAUUCCAACAGUAAUCUAUUGCAAUCCGAGGCCAUCAUGGACGAAGUCAUAGCCAGAUUAUGCGAAUGGAUUGACAAGCACGUCAAAAGCGAGGAACCCAUGGACUUGGACUGGUUCUUUACGUAUACAUCAUUUGACAUUAUGGGAGAAAUUGCCUUUUCCAAGCAGUUUGGAUUCCUCGCUUCUGGGACGGAUGUUGGAAAUACCAUUCACAAUAUUGCAACUCUAAACGUAUACGGUGCUAUUGCGGGCUUCUUUCCUCGAUUGCACUAUCUCUUGGCGAACCCAGCCGUAACGUGGACAAAAUUAAUGCCUUAUGGACUUCUCUAUGACAUGACUUUUAGCACAAUCGACGAGCGCCGCAAGAAUCCAGAUGCGCGAUAUGAUUUGAUUGCGCACUGGUUCAAGGUUCACGAAGAGCAUCCGGAGCGCCUAUCAAUGCGAAACAUUGAAGCCCAUACCUUUCAGGCCGUGGGUGCGGGUUCGGAUACUGUCUCGACUGCUCUGCAAAGUUUCGUCUAUCACAUAAUUCGCAACCCCGAGGGAAAUCAUUGGCAGCGGAUACGUGACGAGAUUCGUGCAGCACAACAGCAAGGAAGGUGUAAAGACCCUGUAAUAUCCUUUGCCGAUGCACAGAAACUGCCAUACCUUCAGGCUUCCAUCAAGGAAGCCAUGCGUGUAUUUAGCCCAACACCAAUGGCUCUGGCAAGGACGGUCCCGGCAGACGGUUUGACCAUUGGAGACAAGACGUUUGCUCCAGGCACGCUCGUCUCUGUCAACUCUUGGGUCAUUCACUUUUCGACGGAAAUAUGGGGUAAAGACGCUGCUGAAUUUAGACCCGACCGAUGGCUUGAGCCGAAUGGCGCUGCUUUGGAAAAGCAAUUCAUGCCUUGGGGUCAAGGCUACGCGUCCUGUCCCGGUCAAAAUAUAGCCCGACUAGAGUUGUCAAAAAUUGCAGCUACAAUUGUACGUGAUUAUGAUAUACGGCAGGUAGAUCCAAAGCAGCAGUGGCAUUGGAAAGCCAGGUUUGCUAUGCUGCCUCACGACUGGCCUGUUUAUAUCACGAAAGCUACCUAG